CAAACAAGCAAAAUUCCCGCCAAGCGAACAUGCACUACGCCACUCCUUUGACUGCCACGGAGGCAUUACCAUAGGACCCCACAAAAAUGACCAAUUACUGGACAAGACCAAGAAACAUCCCCCACCGUUAUGCGCACCGUUUCUCUCCAUUCGCUCUUGUCUUCUCAACCAGCUGGAGGCUGGAGCCAGCCGACAAAAAGAUCCUUUAUAUUGAAUUAUACGAUGGCGGAUCCCAAAAUUAACUAUACCAUUGAUCUUUGAUCUUUCAGUCGUUAAAUUUGUGAUUCUUUUUUUUUUUCCUUUGUAAUAAUAUCUGUUCUUUAUAUUCUGUGACCGAAGUUUGAUAUUGAUAGCUUAAAAUCAACAUGUCCGGACCAUUGGAUCGUUUCGCUAUACCUUGAAGGAAAAUCGAUGCCCACCAAUCCUGAAAUGGAUACUGGCUGCUUAUUUGGCUUUGAGGGUUCUUCUGGAAAUGAUGAAAGAAGGGAACGGAAAUCUGAUUUCGAAAACUCAGAGGAAGACAGGAAAACUAGAAUUGGGAAUCUGAAGAAGAAAGCAAUGAAAGCAUCUAAAAGAUUUAGACGUUCUCUUCAUAAGAGGAAGAGUAAAAAUAGCGGUGAAGGGAUUUCUGCCGCGAUUGAAGAUGUUCGGGAUGUUGAGGAGCUGCAAGUUGUAGAUGCUUUUAGACAGGCACUCAUUGGAGAUGACUUGCUUCCUUCUAGGCAUGAUGAUUAUCAUAUGUUGCUAAGAUUUUUAAAAGCAAGAAAAUUUGACAUUGAGAAAGCGAAGCAAAUGUGGGCCAAUAUGAUUCAAUGGAGGAAAGACUUUGGUACUGACACAAUUAUGGAGGAUUUUGAGUUCAGUGAGUUGAAUGAGGUUGUAAAGUACUAUCCUCAGGGUUAUCAUGGUGUUGAUAAGGAGGGCAGGCCUGUCUAUAUUGAAAGACUAGGGAAAGUUGAUCCAAGCAAGCUCAUGCAAGUUACCACUGUGGAACGGUAUUUGAGAUAUCAUGUGCAAGAGUUUGAAAAGAGUUUUGCAAUUAAAUUUCCAGCUUGUUCUAUUGCUGCAAAGAGACACAUAGAUUCGAGUACAACUAUUUUGGAUGUGCAAGGAGUGGGUUUAAAAAACUUUACAAAGUCUGCACGAGAACUGGUCAUACAGCUCCAGAAAAUUGACGGUGACAACUACCCUGAGACACUCCGCCGAAUGUUUAUAAUAAAUGCUGGUCCUGGUUUUAAGCUACUCUGGAACACAGUAAAAUCUUUUCUUGAUACUCAAACAGCUAGCAAAAUUCAUGUUCUUGGCAACAAAUAUCAGAACAAAUUACUUGAGAUAAUAGAUAAAAGUGAGUUGCCCGAAUUUCUUGGCGGUAGCUGUACCUGUGCAGAUCACAGAGGUUGUAUGAGAUCUGAUAAGGGGCCAUGGAAAGAUCCGGACAUCCUAAAGAUGGUCCUCAGUGGUGAAGUUCUAUAUUCGAGACAAAUAGUAACAAUUUCAAAUAGUGAAGGCAGGGUGAUUGCUUCUGAAAAGCCACGUUAUCCGGUAAAAACUAGUGACACGUCUACUGCAGAGUCGGGAUCUGAAGUGGAAGACGUUGUUGCAUCCCCCAAACCAACUAGGAAUUAUUUACUCCCAAGAUUGACUCCUGUCAGCGAAGAAGCUAGGGUGGCUGGUAAGGCAAGUGCUGCUGGAGUUUUUGCUGAAUAUGAUGAAUAUGUUCCCAUGAUUGACAAGACUGUGGACGAUGGAUGGACAAAACAAGCAUCCUUUCAAGAUCAACAUACCUCCAGAGGAAUACCUUCUUUGCCAAGUAUAGGGAGAACUCCAGCAGGAAUUUGUGCUCGCAUUUGGGCUCUGCUCAUGGCAUUCUUUAUGGCCUUCCUUGCUUUCAUCCAUUCACUGCCACUUUGGGCAAAGAAGAAAUAUUCUUCGCCUGAUUCUGUCUCUGAUGCAACUCACCCAACUUCUGAAUCAGUGCUCAAGGAGGAGUUUCGUCCUCCUUCUCCUGCUCCAGGAUUUAAUCAGGCACAGCUCCUCUCAUCUGUCUUGAAGAGGCUGGGAGAACUUGAAGAGAAGGUUGACAUGCUACAGAUGAAGCCUUUUCAGAUGCCUUGUGAGAAAGAGGAGUUGCUGAAUGCUGCCGUUUGUCGAGUGGAUGCAUUAGAAGCAGAGCUAAUUACUACAAAGAAGUCUUUGCAUGAAGCUUUAAUCAGACAAGAAGAGCUUCUUGCAUUUAUAGAUAGCCAAGAGGAAGCCAGAUCUCGGAAAAAGAAGUUUUGCUGGUGAAUAAGAGUUGUUUGUACAGGAGGAAUUCGUUAACGUGUGCAUGCUAUACUACCAUUUUCAUUUCUAUAGCUCAUCUUCUGGAGAAGUAUUUGCUAUGUACAGAAUCCCGUUGCUAUGGGGGUCAGAAUUUGGUAUCAAUAACAUGAAAAGAAGAAUUCUCUAUAUUUGUUUGGGAUCUCUACAACUGUGUUUAUAAUGAAUAUGUCGAUAAAAUACAUAACUGUAAAUCAAUUACAAGAAAAGGAGGUUGAAAUUACAGGGACUCCGCUGUUUUCCUAUGUUUAUCACCUGAUUGUAUCCCUGUCUACGAACUGAAGAUUCAGAAUACAAUUUCACUUUAGUAGAGUAGUAAAAUAAAAUACAGGAAGUUGGAUCAA